GCCGGAUAUCCGCUGAGUGACCCUUACUAGUCCUUCUUGAUCCUGAAGUGGAAUAGGUGCCGCUGUUGCUGCUAGCGUUGUGUCCAGAAACGUGGCCGGACAUGGGACUGGAAGACGACCAAAAGAUGCUGACUGGAUCCGGAGAUCCUAAAGAGGAAGAAGAAGAGGAGGAGGAAUUAGUGGACCCCCUAACAACAGUGAGAGAACAAUGUGAACAGCUGGAGAAAUGUGUGAAGGCACGAGAGCGGCUAGAGCUCUGUGAUGAACGUGUCUCUUCCCGAUCACAGACAGAAGAGGAUUGCACAGAGGAGCUCUUUGACUUCUUGCAUGCGAGGGACCACUGUGUGGCCCACAAGCUCUUUAAUAGCUUGAAAUAAGUGUGCAGACACACUCAUUCAGCUUUCAUCACCUGGAUGUCAAGCUCUUUCUUUGUGGUUUGGAACAUGCCAUUGGUUUCUGAUUUGUGAACCUCGUGGAUUUGGGUUUAGGCAAGUAGCUUAAUGUAAUUAGCAGUGAUUACAUCUUAAUAAAAUCCUGUGGUCUGCA